CGUUCUCUCAACAUGGGGAAGUUAUGGACAUUGCUAUUUUUACUAGCAGCGUACGAGCUGGUGCUCACAGCGAGUGUUCCAGUUGAUAAGACAACAACUGGUCCCGUGCCAAAGCCGAAUGCCGUAACAACCACAAAGAAGCCGACCACGACAACAACCAAAAAACCAACAACAACAAAGAAGCCAACCACGACAACAACAAAAAAACCAACAACAACAAAGAAACCGACUACGACAACAACCAAAAAACCAACUACAACAAAGAAACCGACUACAACAACAACCAAAAAACCAACUACAACAAAGAAACCGACUACGACAACAACCAAAAAACCAACUACAACAAAGAAACCGACCACGACAACAACCAAAAAACCAACCACGACAACAACCAAGAAACCAACAACAACCAAAAAACCAACCACGACAACAACCAAGAAACCAACAACAACCAAAAAACCAACCACGACAACAACCAAGAAACCAACAACAACCAAAAAACCAACCACGACAACAACCAAGAAACCAACCACAACAACCACUAAAAAACCCACAACCACAACCACUAAAAAACCAACAACGACAACCACCAGUAAAACAUCUACAACAAAAUCAACUACAACUACCCCAACCACUGAACCUACUACGACCACUGAACCUACUACGACCACUGAACCUACCACGACCACUGAUACUACCACAAGCACUGACACUACCACGACCACUGACACAACCACAACCACUGACACAUCCACAACCACCCAAACAACCACGACCACUGAAACUACUACAACUACCCCAACCACCACUACGACCACGCCGCCAACUACCAUGUCCACUGACACUACCACAACCACCCCAACUACCACGUCCACUGACACUUCCACAACCACCCCAACUACCACGUCCACUGACACUACCACAACCACCCCAACUACCACGACCACUGAAACUACUACCACAACACCAACAACUACUACGACGACGCCGACAAUUACCACGUCCACUGAAACUACUACAACUACCCUAACCACCACUACGACGACGCCAACAACAACCACGACCACGCCUACCACGACCACUGAAACUACUACAACUACCCCUACCACCACUACGACGACGCCGACAACUACCACGACGACGCCUACUACAAUAACUACCACAACACCAACCAUGACUACGACGACGCCGGCAACUACCACGUCCACUGAAACUACUACAACUACCCCAACCACCACUACGACGACGCCUACUACAACUACCACAACACCAACCACUACUACGACGACGCCGACAAUUACCACGACCACUGAAACUACUACAACUACUCUAACCACCACUACGACGACGCCGACAACUACCACGACGACGCCUACUACAAUAACUACCACAACACCAACCAUGACUACGACGACGCCGGCAACUACCACGUCCACUGAAACUACUACAACUACCCCAACCACCACUACGACGACGCCUACUACAACUACCACAACACCAACCACUACUACGACGACGCCGACAAUUACCACGACCACUGAAACUACUACAACUACUCUAACCACCACUACGACGACGCCGACAACUACCACGACGACGCCUACUACAAUAACUACCACAACACCAACCACUACUACGACGACACCGACAAUUACCACGACCACUGAAACUACUACAACUACUCUAACCACCACUACGACGACGCCGACAACUACCACGACGACGCCUACUACAAUAACUACCACAACACCAACCAUGACUACGACGACGCCGGCAACUACCACGUCCACUGAAACUACUACAACUACCCCAACCACUACCACGACCACGCCUACAACAACUACCACAACACCAACCACUACUACGACGACGCCGACAAUUACCACGACCACUGAAACUACUACAACUACUCUAACCACCACUACGACGACGCCGACAACUACCACGACGACGCCUACUACAACAACUAUCACACCAACCACCACUACGACCACGCCUACUACAACAACUUCCACACCAACCACAAGUACCACAACACCAACCACCACUACGACGACGCCGACAACUACCACGACCACCGAAAGUACUACAACUGCCCCAACCACCACCACGACCACGCCGACAACUACCACGACCACCGAAACUACUACAACUACCCCAACCACUACCACGACCACGCCGACAACUACCACGACCACUGAAACUACUACAACUACCCCAACUACCACGACCACUGAAACUACUACAACUACCCCAACUACCACGACCACCGAAACUACUACAACUACCCCAACUACCACCACGACCACGCCGACAACUACCACGACCACUGAAACUACUACAACUACCCCAACGACAACUACGACCACGCCGACAACUACCACGACCACCGAAUCAACUACAACUACCCCAACCACUACCACGACCACGCCGACAACUACCACGACCACCGAAAGUACUACAACUACCCCAACUACCACCACGACCACGCCGACAACUACCACGACCACUGAAACUACUACAACUACCCCAACCACUACCACGACCACGCCGACAACUACCACGACCACUGAAACUACUACAACUACCCCAACGACAACCACACCGACAACUACCACAACUACCCCAACUAGCACCACGACCACGCCGACAACUACCACGACCACUGAAACUACUACAACUACCCCAACCACCACCACGACCACGUCGCUAACUACCACGACCAUCGAAACUACUACAACUGCCCCCACUACCACGACCACUGAAACUACUACAACUAUCCCAACUACCACGACCACCGAAACUACUACAACUACCCCAACUACCACGACCACCGAAACUACUACAACUACCCCAACCACUACCACGACCACGCCGACAACUACCACGAUCACCGAAACUACUACAACUACCCCAACCACUACCACGACCACGCCGACAACUACCACGACCACUGAAACUACUACAACUACCCCCACUACCACGACCACUGAAACUACUACAACUAUCCCAACUACCACGACCACCGAAACAACUACAACUACCCCAACAACUACCACGACCACGCCGACAACUACCACGACCACUGAAACUACUACUACUACCCCAACCACUACCACGACCACGCCGACAACUACCACGACCACUGACACUACUACUACUACCCCGACUACCACGACUACUGAAACUACUACAACUACCCCAACCACUACCACGACCACGCCGACAACUACCACGACCACCGAAACUACUACAACUACCCCAACCACUACCACGACCACGCCGACAACUACCACGACCACUGACACUACUACUACUACCCCAACUACCACGACCACUGAAACUACUACAACUACCCCAACCACUACCACGACCACGCCGACAACUACCACGACCACCGAAACUACUACAACUACCCCAACCACUACCACGACCACGCCGACAACUACCACGACCACCGAAACUACUACAACUACCCCAACCACUACCACGACCACACCGACAACUACCACGACCACUGACACUACUACUACUACCCCAACUACCACGACCACCGAAACUACUACAACUACCCCAACCACUACCACGACCACGCCGACAACUACCACGACCACCGAAACUACUACAACUACCCCAACCACUACCACGACCACGCCGACAACUACCACGACCACUGACACUACUACUACUACCCCAACUACCACGACCACUGAAACUACUACAACUACCCCAACCACUACCACGACCACGCCGACAACUACCACGACCACCGAAACUACUACAACUACCCCAACCACUACCACGACCACGCCGACAACUACCACGACCACCGAAACUACUACAACUACCCCAACCACUACCACGACCACACCGACAACUACCACGACCACUGACACUACUACUACUACCCCAACUACCACGACCACCGAAACUACUACAACUACCCCAACCACUACCACGACCACGCCGACAACUACCACGACCACCGAAACUACUACAACUACCCCAACCACUACCACGACCACGCCGACAACUACCACGACCACCGAAACUACUACAACUACCCCAACCACUACCACGACCACGCCGACAACUACCACGACCACCGAAACUACUACAACUACCCCAACCACUACCACGACCACGCCGACAACUACCACGACCACCGAAACUACUACAACUACCCCAACCACUACCACGACCACGCCGACAACUACCACGACCACUGACACUACUACUACUACUACUACCCCAACUACGACCACCACAUUAUGAUCUUCUUGGUAAUGAUUUUGAUUGACAUAAUUUGGUUUAAACAUACUGUAAACAGAUUGGAUGAAUAAAAUUCGGCAAUAAAUUUUUA